AUGGCCUCCACAAUAGUUCGAUUCCCGCGGGAAACUGAGGAUACUUCCUUCAAAAAAUGCAUCUGGCAGGGAAAGCUAAGUGUUGACGACGACGAGGCGGGAAUUGUAGAAUACGCACUCACAUCACUCUUGUUUGAAAAGACGUCCUACUAUGCUGGUGCAAUCGUUCUGGGUCGACAGCGAGGUGUGCGCCUCUUACGCGUCCCCGAAAAGCGCAAGACAACAACGUAUAAGAAUCCAGAUGAACAUUACAGAAUGACGAGCAGUCAGGAAUUGCGUUACGGUGUAAUUGACUUGAACAUACUUCUGAAGAAAUGGCGUCAAGAUCAACGCGUGGCCAAUACUGAUACCUGA